GCUACCAUAACCGAAAUGAGCGGCCGGCCGGCCAACGCCGCUUGCGGCCGCUUGUAGCCAUUGCAUAUGCCGGAUCAGAGGAGGGGGGAUAGGCUUGGUUGGCGUGUGUAUGUGCGUGCAGGAAAUUCAUUGUGUGGGAUGUGUUUAUGAUCGUGCGCCCCGCGUACUCUGACUCCCAAUCGACGGACGCACAAAUGUGUGUCCCGCCCGAGACUAGCCUAGCCGAGUUAUUAAUAAUCGCGCUCAGCAGGAGCAGAGCAUCGUCGGAGCGACGGGCCGCCCAGCCGUCGCCUCUCAACUUCGGCCGCCGUCACUAACGGGUUGCCAAGGGUCAUGCAGAAGGCAGCGGGCAGUGUGUCAACGGGGCGCCCCAUCAAGUGCGUGGUGGUGGGGGACGGCACGGUGGGCAAGACAUGCAUGCUCAUCUCGUACACGACGGACUCGUUCCCGGGCGAGUACGUGCCCACUGUGUUCGACAACUAUUCGGCCUCCAUGAUGUGCGACGGGGUGCCUGUCAGCCUGGGCCUCUGGGACACCGCGGGGCAGGAGGACUACGACCGUCUGCGUCCCCUGUCCUACCCGCAGACGGAUGUGUUCCUCAUCUGCUUCAGCGUGGUGAGCCCGUCCUCCUUCGAAAAUGUCACUUCCAAGUGGUUCCCCGAGAUUAAGCACCACUGCCCAGAUGCACCCAUCAUUCUCGUAGGGACCAAGAUGGACCUCCGCGAAGACAAGGAGACCCUCCAGCAGCUCUCUGAGCAGGGGCUGUCCCCCAUCAAGCGGGAGCAGGGCCAGAAGCUCUGCUCCAAGAUCCGAGCCAUCAAGUACCUCGAGUGUUCCGCCCUCACCCAGAGGGGGCUCAAGCAGGUGUUCGACGAAGCGGUGCGAGCAGUCCUGCGGCCAGAGCCCCUGAAGCGCCGACAGCGGAGAUGCAAGCUCGUCUAGGGGCGUACGAGGAUCCUCUUCCAAUCUUCCGUCUGGUGCCGCUCCGGGAUAGGCACGCCACCCGCGUCUAGGCCACCCCCCCAGCCGCACUCUCCUCCUCCGAUCGUUUAAUGUGGUCUGCUGCAGCGUACAACCCUUCUCUUAGCAAUGGCAGCUGAUGCUACGUCGGUCGGACUUGGCAGGGGACGUCAGUCCAAUCUCACCUCUACGUUGCAUGCUCCGCGAGGAGGGCGGUUGCCGGAGAUGCUAGCGUAACCUAAGUCCGAACUUUGUGUCGUAAUACCAUGGAGGAGGAGUUUGUUUUGUUGUUUCUAAACAAUACUGGGUUGAAGGAACAUUGGCAUAAUGGGAGAGCAGCUCUGCCGACGGUGGUGCGUUCACGACCGCGUUAUUCCAAACUGUAUUCCGUUUUUGCGUAAGAUCAAACGGCGCAUCCCGGAGCCGGGCGUGGGAAAAUAAACGGCCGCAAGUUGCGAGUGAGCGGCCAAGGCGGAGAAACUGACGAACGAAAUGCUUAGAAUAACUGUCUGCCUCCUCCGUAAGUAUAUACGAGUUGAGCGCACGUAGGGCACAUUUCACAUACUAGUUUGGUCAAAAGUGGUGAUGUGAGAUAAUUCCAAUGCUUUCUUUUUCCCCAUUUUUUUUUGUUUUUUUUUUUUAUUAUUAUUACUAGUUUUGCGGUGUUUUUGCGAGUUUUUGGUCUACAGCACGCAGUGUGUUUAACCCAAAGAUGUAGUUGCUGACGAGGGAGGUAUGCGGAGCACAAGUUGGUCUGCUUUUCGAGCAGGGAUUACGGUGAGGUCGGAAGACCGAGCUCUGAUUGGCUCCGAUUGAGGAAUAGUUGGUAAACCUCAAGGCAGCUAGCAUUGAGGUCGACCCACUACCCCCCUAUCAGAUCCAAUCAGAGCUCAACAUUCUGACGUCGCCACAACCCCUGCGCAAGAAGCAGACAAACUUGCACUCCGCAUCGCACCCUUGGCAGUCUGCCACCGCCUGCUCUCGAACCCGACUCCUUCCCCUGUUUGUUCUUUUAACCGCGUGCCUUUCACUCUCGGGAUACCCGAGAAGGAACGUCUUGCACACUUGUGUCCUCGAUCUCUCGUCUUUGCCGUACACUCUUCCACGUGGGCGUCUUUAGAGUUUCGUGCCGUAUUUUGCCAAAACGUCGUUUUUGACGUGCUUUGAACCGUGUUUUAAAUGUGUUCUUCCGCCGCAUUUUUUUUUUUUUUUAUAUAUAUAACGAGAACUAAUAUUGUUGAUUGCCCUUCUAGUCUCUCAGUCGUAGGUUUUUUUGUUUUGUUUUUUUAACCUGUGGUUUGGAUGUUUUUUAUUCACGUUGCCUCCUCGUUCUUUACUGUGUCGAGUUUUCCUAGGUUGCAUUUUGUGGAUCUCAGACCGAACCCUCUAUUGCUAGUUUUGCAGUGCCCUUCGUUUCGUCGAGUUGAGCGAGCCCUUGCACCCUAGCCCCUGUUCCGAGUAACGCAACAUUGGCUUCGCGCGUUGACACUUACUUUGACAGAAACGUAGGUGAAACCCAGCUAUCCAAUUCCCAAGCAGAAAGGUUGAGGUGGCACCGACAAGAUGCGUUGCACGUGUCCCGCAGCGACGCUAACGUUUUGUGCAGGCUUUUUAACGAGGAAACUUUUUGCGAGGAAUGCUAUAAAGGAAUGCAGCCCACGUCUUACGAACCUUGGAAAUCAACCUCUUGUGGCAAUGCCAGCAGAACUGUCAGCGCACAUCCAGUGACGUCUAGCUCGCCGUGAAAAGUCCGAUGCGUGCCAUGUGCGGGCGACCGCUCGCUCGCCGGCACUCGUCGUAGAACACAAAAAAUUUUGAAUUGUACCGAUCGCAGCACGCCACAAAGUAACUCUCCCCCUGGGUUCCGAGUCUUCAAAGUCUGUUUUUGUUUGUUUUGUUUGUGUGUGACCAAGUAAUCUGAAAAAAUCUGAAAUCUGAACGGCUUCAGAGUGACACUGAAUAGCUUUGGCAUGCCAUUGGAGACUCUCUAACCUGUUCGCUAAGACUGCGGGAACACUACACCUAGAAAGGCUAAAGUGUAUGCUUCGAUCCGAUGAGCAAGCAGCUUGCAACAACUGUCUUGCCUCGUCCUCAACUCCGUUUUUUUCUGUAAAGAGAGCUUCCUUUCGUCCAAGAAAGGCUUGUGAGAUUGACGCUGCAAUCGGUAUCGUGGAUUUCUGUUUCCGGGGAGAGGCGUAUGUAAGGUUUACUGUAGACGUCGGAAAAGAGUGCAUCGUGGCUAGUAGUGUCUGUUGCGCGAUGUGGAGAAUGCGCCGUGCUUGCCGGGGUGUUGUGUGCGUGCAUAGGGGAGGGGGAAAACGGGGCGAAAGGGCACAGAGUUGCAACAGCCAGGGAGACUGCCUUUGUACAGCAAAUAAUAAUAAAAGCCGACAUCAUGCGUCCUAUGA